GCUCGUACUUCCCACACAGAACUUCUGGAUUUAAAACCACUCCCUGUGACCUCGCUUGGGAACAAUAUUUAUGAAGGCUUGUACAACUUCUCACAUUUUAAUCCUAUACAAACACAGAUUUUUCAUGUUCUCUAUCACACAGACAACAAUGUUCUUUUAGGAGCUCCCACUGGUAGUGGGAAAACUAUAUCUGCUGAACUUGCUAUGCUUCACCUCUUCAAUACCCAGCCUGAUAUGAAGGUAAUUUACAUAGCACCGUUGAAGGCUAUUGUACGAGAAAGGAUGCAUGAUUGGAGAAAGCGUCUUGUCUCUCAGCUUGGGAAAAAAAUGGUUGAAAUGACUGGAGAUUAUACUCCAGAUUUAAUGGCCCUCUUGUCAGCAGACAUCAUUAUAUCUACCCCUGAGAAGUGGGAUGGUAUCAGUCGAAAUUGGCAUAGCCGAAGCUAUGUAACAAAGGUUGGGCUUAUGAUUUUGGAUGAGAUUCACUUACUUGGAGCUGAUCGUGGACCCAUCCUUGAGGUUAUUGUUUCGAGGAUGAGAUACAUAUCAUCCCAAACAGAACGGGCAGUGCGUUUCGUAGGCCUUUCUACUGCUUUGGCAAAUGCAGGUGAUUUGGCUGAUUGGUUAGGAGUUGGUGAAAUUGGACUCUUCAACUUCAAGCCAAGUGUGAGGCCUGUGCCUCUGGAAGUACAUAUUCAGGGAUAUCCUGGAAAGUACUAUUGCCCAAGGAUGAAUAGCAUGAAUAAACCAGCAUAUGCUGCUAUAUGCACACAUUCACCUACAAAACCAGUGCUAAUUUUUGUUUCCUCUCGUCGCCAGACUAGGCUUACUGCACUUGACCUUAUUCAGUUUGCAGCUGCAGAUGAAUAUCCAAGGCAGUUUCUGAGUAUGACAGAUGAAACACUGCAGAUGGUUCUCUCUCAGGUCACUGAUCAGAACCUGAGGCACACCUUACAAUUUGGCAUUGGGUUACAUCAUGCAGGAUUAAAUGAUAAAGACAGGUCCCUUGUUGAGGAACUCUUUGCAAACAACAAGAUCCAGGUGUUGGUAUGUACAAGUACACUUGCUUGGGGCGUGAAUCUUCCUGCUCAUCUGGUUAUUAUCAAGGGAACUGAAUACUAUGAUGGAAAGACAAAGAGAUAUGUUGAUUUUCCUAUCACAGAUAUUUUGCAAAUGAUGGGUCGUGCAGGCCGCCCACAGUAUGAUCAACAUGGAAAAGCUGUCAUUCUUGUCCAUGAACCAAAAAAGAGCUUCUAUAAAAAGUUUUUGUACGAACCAUUUCCUGUUGAAAGCAGUCUGAAGGAGCAGUUGCAUGAUCACCUCAAUGCAGAGAUAGUUACUGGCACAAUUUGCCAUAAAGAGGAUGCAAUGCAUUAUAUUACAUGGACAUACUUGUUCCGUCGAUUGAUGGUUAAUCCAGCCUACUAUGGUCUAGAGAGUGCAGAACCUGAAACUCUGAGUUCAUACUUAUCCAGAUUAGUGCAGAACACAUUUGAGGAUCUGGAAGAUAGUGGAUGCAUCAAGAUGAACGAAGACAAUGUGGAAUCUAUGAUGUUGGGCAUGAUAGCAUCACAGUAUUACCUCAGCUACAUGACUUUAUCAAUGUUUGGAUCAAAUAUAGGACCAGAUACAUCUCUUGAAGUGUUUUUGCAUAUUUUAUCUGGUGCAUCUGAAUAUGAUGAACUUCCUGUGAGACACAACGAGGAAAACUAUAAUGAAGCAUUGUCUGGGAGAGUUCGGUAUAUGGUGGACAAGAGCCGCUUGGAUGAUCCCCAUGUCAAAGCAAAUCUGCUAUUUCAGGCACAUUUUUCCCAGUUGGAGUUGCCAAUCAGUGAUUAUACAACAGAUUUGAAGUCAGUGUUGGAUCAAAGCAUUCGCAUAAUACAGGCCAUGAUAGAUAUUUGUGCUAACAGUGGAUGGCUUCUAAGCUCAAUUACUUGCAUGCAUCUUUUGCAAAUGGUCAUGCAGGGUUUGUGGUUUGAUAAAGAUUCUUCCCUGUGGAUGUUGCCCUGCAUGAAUGCUGAUCUUGUAGCCUCAUUGAGCAAAAAAGGAAUCUCCAGUGUUCAGCAGCUAUUAGAUCUUCCCAAGGCAACUUUGCAGGCUAUGAUUGGAAAUGUUCUGGCUUCAAGAGUACAUCAGGAUUUACAGCAUUUUCCUUGCAUUAAGGUGAAGCUAAAAGUUCAGAAAAGGGACACUGAUGAUACAAAGUCUCUUUCCUUGAGCAUCAAAUUGGAGAAGACCAAUUCUAGGCAAAGCACAUCAAGGGCUUUUGCUCCUAGAUUCCCUAAGGUAAAAGAUGAAGCAUGGUGGUUAGUUCUUGGUAACACAUCCACCUCUGAAUUAUAUGCUCUGAAGAGAGUUUCUUUCUCUGAUCGCUUGGUUACUCAAAUGGAUUUACCAUCAUCCUUAAGUACUUUCCAGGGGAUAAAAUUGAUGUUGGUUUCUGAUUGUUACAUUGGUUUUGAACAAGAACAUUCAAUUGAAGAAAUAGCCAUGUCUCAAGAUAUUCGAAACAACAAUUGAAUUCUAGUUGAAGUUAAUUUUGGACCAAACGCAAUUAGUGGGGAUUCUUCUCAAGAGGCAUAUGCCCUUCAAAAGCCAACGUUCGACCUUAGCUUUAUCCUUGGUCCUUUAUUCAACCCACACAUCUCGGAGCUGAUGAUUGUUUUACCAACCUCUUCUUUAAUUUAUGUAUUUCAAUUUAGUGUAAGUUAACUUUCCAGAUAGUAAAUUGUGGUAUAUUAUCAUCAUGACUGUUCUGUUCUUCCUCGCUUACUUUUCAUCAAUUAAAACUUGCAUCUGUCAUCUAUCUCUGAUAUGUACCGUUCUAAUACAAUUACAUUACAACAGAAAAGAAAGGAACAGGCAUCUAUUUUUCGAA